CUGCAGGUGCAUACCUGCCCCCCUUGCAGCAGGUGUUCCAAGCUCCACGCCGGCCUGGGAUAGGCACUGUCGGGAAACCCAUCAAGCUCUUGGCCAACUACUUUGAGGUGGACAUUCCCAAGAUCGAUGUUUAUCAUUAUGAAGUGGAUAUCAAGCCCGACAAAUGUCCACGCAGAGUCAACAGGGAAGUCGUGGAGUACAUGGUGCAGCACUUCAAGCCACAGAUCUUUGGUGACCGAAAACCAGUCUACGAUGGGAAGAAGAACAUCUACACCGUCACGGCCCUUCCCAUCGGGAACGAGCGGGUCGACUUUGAGGUGACAAUCCCAGGGGAAGGCAAGGACAGGAUCUUUAAGGUCUCCAUCAAAUGGAUGGCCAUCGUCAGCUGGCGCAUGCUGCACGAGGCCCUGGUCAGCGGGCAGAUCCCCGUCCCGCUCGAGUCCGUCCAGGCGCUGGAUGUCGCCAUGAGGCACUUGGCUUCCAUGAGGUACACCCCUGUGGGUCGCUUCUCCUCCACCCCGGAGGGCUACUCCCUCCCCCUGGGAGGGGGCAGGGAGUUUUGGUUCGGGUUCCACCAGUCGGUCCGACCUGCCAUGUGGAAGAUGAUGCUCAACAUUGAUGUCUCGGCCACCGCCUUCUACAAAGCCCAGCCCGUCAUCGAGUUCAUGUGCGAGGUGCUGGACAUCCGGAACAUCGACGAGCAGCCUAAGCCCCUGACCGACUCGCAGAGAGUGCGUUUCACCAAGGAGAUCAAAGGUCUGAAGGUGGAGGUGACCCACUGUGGGCAGAUGAAGAGGAAAUACCGCGUGUGUAACGUUACCCGGCGCCCGGCCAGCCACCAGAC